GCAGUAUCAUUAGGCAAAAUACUUAUUGUGGUUCUGUCAUUUGUUAAACAGGUUUCUAUGGCUUCAAACAGUCUGUUCGGCAGCCCCAGCCCAAUGCUUUACUGGGAUCCUGUGGUGAGGCGUCGGCCAACACCAUCGCCCACCAACCUCCAAGUGGGCGACCAGGAGGUGCGGUCCCUCCACCAUCACAGCACAGCACCCCCCAGAGGCCUGGUACAGACUGACAGCCCAAACUUCCUCUGCAGCAGCCUGCCCCAGCACUGGAGGUGUAACAAGACCCUGCCAAGAGCCUUCACUGUGGUUGCCCUGGACAACGACGUGCCAGAUGGUGUGGUUGUCACAGUGAUGGCUGGCAACGACGACAACAGCAGCGCUGAGCUACGCAAUGCCACAGCAACCAUGAAGCAAGGUUACGCCCAGUUCAAUGACCUCCGCUUCAUAGGACGCAGUGGGAGAGGGAAGAGUUUCAUCCUCUCUAUCAACGUGCUGACCUCGCCCCCUCAGAUCGCCACCCUGCACAGAGCCAUCAAAGUUACUGUGGAUGGGCCGCGACUGCCUAGACGGCAGAGGCAGAAGGAAGUGAAGUCAGGUGUGUUCAGGCCUUCUGGCAGCAGCACUGUAUCGACAGACUGUAGAUCUUUCUCAUCUUCUCUGUGGACCACUGAGCCAUCGUUCUUGGGCCAUGUGACCUCUCUGACCUCCUCCUUCACUCCAAGUCCCAGAAUGCACCACCUACCAGCCCUACCCUACUCCACCCAGCCUCCUCCGUACAGCUCCUACCUCUCUUCUCCUCCUCCUCCUCCCCCUCCACUGAGCAGUGGUCCGUUCCAGCCUGGCAGCUUCUAUUACGGACCCAAUCAACCGCUCCAAACCACAGGGGAGGACAGAAACGUCGUGACAGCACUGACCAAUUAUAUUGAAGGGGCGUGUCUAGCUAUAAGAGGGGAGGAGCCUGUCUGGAGACCUUACUGAUGAUUGGAUGCAUUUAAUAAUUCAGUGAGUUUUGGGAAGUUUUAU